CUUGCUGAAAUUCACAUGAAAUCGUCCACAAAUCUUCACGACUUUCGCUGACACGACAGAUACUGAUGAUGAUGGAGCAGCUGUUGGACGUUGAGGAAGCUCACCAAGCCUUGUUCGCAGACAAAGAGCUGCAAGGGCGUGCGAGAGUCGCACUGGAACGCGCUCGAGCUCACGCAAGAGAUGGGGACAGCACGCAACGGCCAUCGCCAUGGGCAGAAUUGUAUGCGCAGGCGGUGCUGGAUCGGUGCUUUGACAAAGAGCAAGUGUUGCUGGCAGAUUCGUUUGCGGGACCCUUUGACCGCGUGCAGUCUGUGUUCGACACACUGAACACAUGUAUUCAACAAAUUUUGGACGUGUGCCACACGGAUGACGAUGACUUCAACAGCGUCGUGCAGUCGAUGGAAGCGAUAUUGGGGCGUGAGGUGUUUGAUAUCCUCUUGUGGAAGGCCGGUGAGCUCUCGUACAUGUACGCAAAUGCCGUUUUCGCCGACAACGCUCCAAAUCUUGAAGCCUCACACGACGACCUCACCAAGCAGCAACACCACCAUCCCCCUCACUCCACCUCGCCCUACACGCCACGUACGGAGGCAGAUGAUCUGCUGCUGGCCAGCCCAUUCGCCGUCAGCGCCGCACGUGAUCGGCACAGCGUCAUCUCGCGAGUUGAAGAUGCUGUACCCGGUUUCGCACGACACCUGGGGUCGCCGUUGAAGCGGGUGUCGCCAUCACAGUUGGCCACGGCGUUGGCGGGCAGAUUCGGCACAAUCGUGCCGCAGUCAACCGCUGAUGGUGAUGAUGAUGAUGAUGAUGAUGAUGAUGAUGAUGAUGAUGAUGGUGGUGAUGCGCUGCACACAAACUCGGCCGUGUUGUCGCUGUAG